AUGGCAGUAUCAGGUCGAAAGGUUUCUGAUUUUCAUGGAUCAGUAUCUAAAGGUUCAGCAGAGGAUUUUGACCACAGUUGUGAACCAUGCCUAGCUAUUGAUCAGUACGUAGAAGCCCAUAGGUUUUGUGUGGACUGUCAGGAAUACCUGUGCAAGACCUGCUUUGCUUGUCAUCAACGAACGAAGGCCUCGAAACAUCAUCAACUUCUUGACAAAGAUAACAUGGGGAAACUUAACGUUCGUAACAAGGAUUCCGCGGUGUGCACAGAAAAGUGUCUUAUUCACAAAAAUGAGAUCAUCAAGUUUUUCUGCACAAACCAUGAAUUUCUUGGAUGUACUGAUUGUAUUACUCUGAAUCACAGGACAUGUAAGAUUGAUUACAUACCUGAUAAAUGUGCAGGUAUUGGGGACAGUGACGAAUGCAGGAAAAUACUGAGAGAACUGGAUCAGAAGAUAAAAGAUAUUGAUGCUGUGAUCAAAAUGGCAACACUACAAGACAAGCAGAAACAGUCCUCCUAUGAUGAUGUCAUUAAAGAAAUUAUAAAGUUCCGCAAAGAGAUAAAUGAUCGCUUAGAUCAACUGCAAAAACAAAUUCAGAGAGAGGCUGAAAACAAAAAGAUCAAAGACAAACAAACAUUCAAGAAUGUGCUUGAUACAUGUGCUGCUGUUUCUUCAGAUAUCAAGAGAUUUCUGUCCGACCUACAAGACAACAAAUCUUCACGACAGGAUGGGCAACUGUACAUUCUGAUCAAACAAGCAAAAUCCAUACUAAAGUUGGAUGGUUUGAAGAAUGCUCAAGAAUCUUUGGAUAAGACCAGCAUUCAAUACACAUUUGAAAGAAACAAAGAAUUAGAGAACCUCCUUACUAAACAAGAUGUAUUUGGGACGUUGAACCUAGUGACUCUAGUGCAGAAGAAAGUAUUUGAUAAGUUAACUCACAUUGGAGAUAUAAAUGUAAAGACAAAGCCAGAUUGGCAAGAAAGCUGGAUCACAGGAUGUGCCAUAUUAUCCUCUAACAAAGUUAUACUGGCUGAUUGCAACAACAAGAAACUGAAAGUUGUGGACACCCAUAGUAAAACUGUGAUAGAAGAGGAGAAACUUGACACUAAACCAUAUGACAUUGCUGUACUGCCUCAGGACCAGAUUGCUGUAACAAUGCCAGAGAAGGAAAAGAUCCUUAUUAUGACAACAGCAGGUAAACUGUCAAUCAGCCGAAGUAUUCCAAUGAAACAAAGAUGUAAAGGUAUAACUUACCAUCAAGGUAAACUCUAUGUGGUUUGCUGGGAUCCUAAUAGUGUGCAUAUAGUAGAUAUACAAGGUAAUGUCAAUAACAUUAUUUCUCUAAACAGGGAGAUAUUUGCCGCCCCAAACUACAUACUGCUCAGUAAAGAUGCCAGACAUAUCUACAUCAGUAACUAUACUAGCCACAGUGUAGUCAGUGUCACAUUACAGGGUGAUGUAUUAGCUGUAUACGAGCACCAGGAUCUUAGUAAACCAAUGGGAAUGGCGAUGUUAGAUGAUGGAUCAUUGCUGGUGUGCUGCUACUAUAAUAACGCCAUACAUCAUAUCUCAGGAGACUUGAAGCAAGGUCGGACAAUCUCAGAUGGAUUACAGCGCCUACAGUCCAUAUGCUACAAUCAUCAUCAACAAGAAGUCUAUAUUGGUGGAUACUGUAAUCAGCUGAAGAUUAUGAAAUAA